CAUGGAGUUUAAAGCAUUUUUGGUUAUUACUGGAAUUAUUGUCUAUUCUUUUGAGUCAUCCGUGUUUGGAAUGGAAAACAAUGUUAUCAUUUCAAAGGGUUACGUCAGCAAGCUUUGCAGUGAUCGCUGCCAUCAGUCAACGGAAACAGCUUUGGUAGAGGACUGUGAAAGGGGCUGUCGCUUCUUUGAGUAUGCUGAAACCGCAGACCUAGUUGAUUUUAAUGAAACUGCUUUUCAUCUUCUCUGUGUCAGCAAUUGUAAUGAAGCUUAUGUUGUUGAAAAAAACCGUGAUGUUUGUAUUUCUGGAUGCAACUUUGCAAAAAAAGAAAUAGACAAUAUUAUGGAGAUGAGUCAUCAUGUUCUAGAAGAGGCUGAAAAACAGAUGAAUUUUUUAAAUUCCAUUAUAGGAAUGGUUUCUUCUACAUUUUGGUCCACGGAGGAUGCUGAAAAUGAUGUUCCCAAAGAUGUGCAACAGCGCACUCUGGUCUCUGGCCAGUUAUUGGACCUUUUAGGAGACAUGCCUACUCAAGGAAAUAAACUGGAUGACAAGUUGUCUGCAGGUGAUGUGGAAAUAAUUAAUUUAAUGGGAGAUGAGAUGUCGUCAGUCGAUCCUGCUGAAAUUUCUCUUUGCGCAACUCGGUUGUGGCUACACCGUUUGUCGUUUAUCCUAAUCGUGAUGGGGUCCAUUUCCUUGCUGUUUAUUAGCAUUUUCUAUAUACUUGCCUUCAUGAAACACAAGAAAUCCAAAGAGAACCCAGAAGCUACAGAAAAUGGUGAUUUUACGAACUUAGAUCCUCCAAGUUACGAAACCCUAAUCAAAAGUGGAUACAUUGUUGUGGCUGACAACUAUUUAGCUCCUCUCCACGACGAGAAGAAAGAAAAAAUAUUUUUGGCCUAAUUGGCUCGAUCAUCUUAUUCCUGUAUGACGCGUUUCUUUUUAAAGAAACAAUUCGUACCCUAAAGAGAAAAAGCCAUUAUUUGUCUGUCCAGGGAAUCGAGAUGGGAAGGCGCCAUUGAUUUCCUUUUGUUAGUCAAUUUUCCUGCUUCAUUUAUACUGCGCAUUUUUAAAAUUUUUUUGCAAUAACUUGGAUGAAAAUUGUUGUUCGACGUCCAACAAGUUUCAAUUUAGUUUCCACUUUUUUGCCCGGUACAUUAAAAAUAUACAGUCCUUCUUAUCCUU